AGAAGUGAUAUCGAAGUGUGUAUUGGCGUGUUCUCUCCUCAUUGGCUUCUUAAGUUUGGAAGACAUAUUAACAAUCGCCUUCAUCUUCUUGACAAGAAGACUGAAGGAUAAGGUUGUAAUUUCACUGUGGGGUUUAUCGUUAGCCAGUCUGAUUACCGCAAUAGUUUUGAUUGUUGUGAAUUGUGAUAAG